UGGCCAUUCCCCAGAAAGAAGAGGACAAAAUGAAGAAGAGGACGGACACAGUGACGUUCAAGGAUGUGGCUGUGGUCUUCACUGAGGAAGAGCUGGGGCUGUUGGACUCUGCCCAGAGGAAGCUGUACCGAGAUGUGAUGCUGGAGAAUUUCAGGAACGUGGUAUCAGUGGGGCAUCAGUUCUUCACACCAGAUGGUAUACCCGAGUUAGAAAGAGAAGAAAAGCUUUGCAUGGUGAAGACAGUAAUCCAGAGCGGUAACACCUCAGGAGGCAAGAAUCUAAAUGAGAUGGAGACUCUUCAGGAAGUAGGAUUAAGGUACCUGCCACAUGAAGAGCUUUUCUGCUCGCAGAUCUGGCAACAGAUUGCAAGGGAAUUGAUCAGUUGUCAAGAUUCCAUGGUAAAUAUUCAAGGAACUGACUCUUGGUUGGAAAAACAAGAUGAUGUACCCUAUAAAGACAAUGCAUUCAGUAGUCAGAGUUCACAUCUUCAAGAACACCACCGAGUCCACACUGUUGAAAAACACUACAUAGGGGAAGAGUGUGAGAAAAGUUGUAAUUGGGGCUGUCAUCUUCAAAUUAACCAGAGGGCUUAUGCAGGAGAGAAGCCCUACAAAUGUGAAAAAUGUGAUAAGGCCUUCCGUCGGUUUUCAAGUCUUCAAGCCCAUCAGAGAAUCCACAGUAGAGAGAAAUCAUACAAAUAUGAUGCAUCUUGUCAGAGUUUCAGUCAGAGGUCACAUCUUUACCAUCAUCAGAGAGCUCCCACUGGAGAGAAUCUGUACAAAUAUGAGGAGUGUGGGAGGAUUGUCAGGAAAAACUCACAUUGUCAAGCUCCUCCAGUACUUCUUGCAGGAGAGAAACCCUAUAAAUGUGAAGAGUGUGGGGUGCGUUUCAGUCAGCAUUCAUAUCUGCAAGUCCAUCGGAGUGUUCACACUGGAAAGAAACCUUAUAAAUGUGAAGAGUGUGGGAAGAGCUUCAGUUGGCAUUCACGACUACAGGCUCAUCAGAGAAUCCACACUGGAGAGAAACCAUACAAAUGUGAUGCAUGUGGCAAGGGUUUUAGUUAUAGCUCACACCUUAACAUUCAUUGUAGAAUCCACACAGGAGAGAAACCCUAUAAAUGUGAGGAGUGUGGGAAAGGCUUCAGUGUGGGUUCGCACCUUCAAGCCCAUCAGAUAAGCCACACUGGAGAGAAACCCUACAAAUGUGAGGAGUGUGGAAAGGGCUUCUGCCGGGCCUCAAAUCUCCUGGACCAUCAGAGAGGCCAUACUGGAGAGAAACCAUAUCAGUGUGAUGCAUGUGGCAAAGGCUUCAGUCGUAGCUCAGAUUUUAACAUUCAUUUUAGAGUCCAUACAGGAGAAAAACCCUAUAAGUGUGAGGAGUGUGGUAAGGGCUUUAGUCAGGCCUCAAAUCUUCUGGCCCAUCAGAGAGGCCACACUGGAGAGAAACCAUACAAAUGUGGUACAUGUGGGAAAGGCUUCAGUCGGAGUUCAGAUCUUAAUGUACACUGCAGAAUUCACACAGGAGAGAAACCCUAUAAAUGUGAAAAGUGUGGUAAGGCCUUCAGUCAGUUCUCAAGUCUUCAAGUGCAUCAGAGAGUUCACACUGGAGAGAAACCCUAUCAGUGUGCAGAGUGCGGGAAAGGUUUCAGUGUAGGUUCACAGCUUCAAGCUCAUCAGAGGUGUCACACUGGAGAGAAACCAUACCAGUGUGAGGAGUGUGGGAAGGGCUUCUGUCGAGCCUCAAAUUUUCUGGCUCAUCGUGGUGUACAUACAGGAGAAAAACCAUACCGAUGUGAUGUAUGUGGUAAGCGCUUCAGACAGAGAUCCUACCUUCAAGCCCACCAGAGGGUCCAUACGGGAGAGAGACCAUACAAAUGUGAGGAAUGUGGGAAGGUUUUCAGUUGGAGCUCAUACCUUCAAGCCCAUCAGAGAGUUCACACUGGAGAAAAACCAUACAAGUGUGAGGAGUGUGGGAAGGGCUUUAGUUGGAGCUCAAGUCUUAUAAUUCAUCAGCGAGUUCAUGCUGGUGAUGAGGGUGACAAAGACUUUCCUUCACCAAAGGAUUGAGAUAAGAGAGAAACUUUGUAAAAUGAUGUUUUGAUAUCACAAAUGGCUGCUGAAAUAUUUCAAUGACCAUAUCUGUCAUAGGCGAUGAGAUGUGUUCAUAAAAGAGAAUUUCAUCUAGAGCUUCACAUGUUACAGUGGUCCAGAGACCACACAGGAAAAGCCUCUUGAAAGUGGAGACAUAGGGACUUCAUUCAGAAUUUUGACCUUCAGCAGAUACAUGCAGACAAGAGGCUCAGGUAGGAUGAGACUGAUCUGGAGUUAACCAAAAAUGCUCAGGUGGAAAUGCCAAACUCAGUUCCACUAGAAUAUGUGCUCCAAGAGGGUAGGAACUUUGCCAAAUCUUCUCUGCCUUUUUAGUGCCUGACACAUACAUUUUCAGUCAUGUUUGAAAUUAUAGUCAUUUGAAAUUUUUAUUGUUUAUCUCUAAAAGUUUCUAUAAAAUUAUACUCAGAAGAGGAAUUCUGCAAGGCUUGGAAAACGUUUAAGUUAGCCAUAUAGGCUCAUUUUCCCAUUCCUGCAGGCCUGAAGGUUGCAGCCGAUUACAGUGUCCAGAAAACAGUUAUGUGACUAGUGAUUAGUAUUUUUGUAUGCUAACAGUACUUCAUUGAGAGGUAAUUUGCAUGCAGUAACAUGCAUAAAUCUCAAGUUUAUGGCUUCAUGAGUUUUGACAGGUAUAUACACUUAUGCAAUCAUCACCAAGAUCGAUGUAUACAAUAUUUCUGUUAAAACAAAAAUUUUCUUGUGCCCAUUUCCUGUCAAUCCCACUUCCAAUGCCAAGUAUCAUGAUUUCUAUAUCAUAAAUUAAUUAGGUCUGUUCCUGAGCAUCAUAUGGAUUUAGUAUGUAAUCUUUUGUGUUUGUUUUCUUAAGAUCACAUAUAUGAUCAUCUCAGUGGAUUCAGAGAAAACAUUUGACAAAAUUUAACAUCUAUUUAUGAUUUUAAAAUUUCUUAAGGCAUUUAUGAAAAUUCUACAAGUUAAUGUUUCUUUUUAAAUUAAGGAGUAAUUUGUAUACAGUAAAUCUGACUCUGGUAUAUCAUUACAACUUUCAGUGAUACUGUCAUGGACCCACCACCACCACCACAAUCAAGACAUUAACAGUUCUGGCACCCCCUGCCCUGAAAUUCCCUUGUUCUGUGUAGUCAGCCCCUUGUUAACCACUGACCCAUUUUCUGUCUUGAUUUUUCCAGAAUGUCAUAUAAAUGGAGUCCUACAAUAAGUA